AUGCGACUGCGUCAAUGGUGGCACCUCAACUCCCGAGCAGGAGCUCCCGUCCGUUCCGCUGGACUCGUGUUACUUGCAGGAGCUGCAGUUGUCGCCGUCUACGUCUCAUCCCGAUCAACUCCAGUCCAGCUUCCCUGCAACUCGGAAGACCACGACGACAAAGACGAAGAGGACAAGGACCUCGUCCGGAUUCAGCCCCAGGAAGUGCCGUACCUGCCGUCCAAGGUGCCUCUCCUCGGCAAUAUGCUGGCCCUCGCGAGCAACGCCCACUGCUUCCAUGACUGGAUGGCCGCCCAAUGCAUCGCCCACAACGGAAGGUUCCGCCUCUACCUCCCCGGUCAGAGCGACAUGCUCGUCACGGCCGUGCCCGAGCACUACGAGCACGUAGUCAAGACGCAGUUCCACCACUUUAGCAAAGGCCAGCAGCAGUACGACAUGUUUGUCGACCUCAUGGGUCACAGCGUCCUCCUCAUUGAAGGCGAGCGGUGGCGCUACCAUCGUCGCCUGCUUCUGCGUCUUCUGAGUGCCCGAGCUCUAAGGGAUCACAUGACGCCGUUGAUCCAGCGCCAUACGCUCUUGCUCCAGCAAGUUCUGAUGAAAGCUGCGAGCACCAACCAACCGGUGGAUCUCUACAUGCUCAUGCACCGGUUCACGUUCAAAGCAUUUGCCGAGAUGGUCUUCAACAACUCGUUGGAAGGCAUUGACUCGGAGCACGAGCAUCCGUUCGAACAAGCCUUUGACGCAGCUCAAUCGAUCGUUGCCGGUCGCCUUCAGCAGCCCGUGUGGCUCUGGAAACUCCAAAGGUGGCUCAAUAUCGGUCAAGAACGGAAGCUUAGAGAGCACCUGAAGCUCAUUGAUGCGUUCAUUAUGGACAUCAUCUCGGUCGCUAUUAAGAAGCAGCACGAGCGACAACAAGACCUCCAGGCUGGGCACCCGAUUGGGAAGACGGAUCCAGACCUCGUGUCGAUUGUGCUCGAGUGCAUUGCUCAGGAUGGGGACAUGGUCUCCCCUGUAGACGUCCGCAACAUUGCAGUUGCUGCCUUAGGUGCUGGUCGAGAUACUUCCGCAGAUACCAUGAGCUGGUUGCUGCAUACUUUGACGCAACACCCGCAAGUUGAAACGCAGCUCCGGGCCGAAGUGCUAAACAAGGUCCCGACCUUGGCACUUGAUGCCUCGUACGUGCCAACAAUGGACGACGUCCAGGGACUCGUGUACUUGGAAGCGACGAUCCAAGAGCUUUUACGGUUGCAUACCCCCGUGCCGUUUACCAUGCGGGAGUGCACCCGGGAUACCGUCUUCCCCGACGGGACGUUCGUAUCGAAGGGCACGACCGUCGGCAUGUGUCACUUUGGCACUGCGCGAAGGACGGAGGUGUGGGGUCCAGACGCUACAGAGUUCAAGCCUGAACGGUUUAUCGAUCCUGAGACGGGCAAGUUGCGCCAUUUGCCGGCGGCGAAGCUCAAUGCCUUUAGUGGUGGCCAACGCGCUUGUGUUGGGAAAGCACUGGCUAUGCUGGAGAUGAAGAUUGUCAUUGCGACGCUCGUGGCGCGGUUCCACCUGGUCCCGGUUCCAGGUCAAAACGUGCAGUACGCAAUGGGGAUCACCAUUGGCAUGCGGACCUCCCUCAUGAUGAACAUUGAAGCGGUUGCAGCGAACCAAACGGGACCAGAUGCCGCAGCGGCGUAA